AUGCUCCUUGUCUGGCUGCUCCCAAGAGUUUGCGCCCUCGCACUGCUGGGGAUAGUGAUCGCGUGGGUCAUCCUCGCAGAGGGAGGCUUCGGCACGAGCAGCGCGGCGCUGUUCGGCUGGCAUGCCCUGGGCAUGACUCUCUUCCUCAUCGCCACCUCGGAGGGUAUCCUGAUCAAGAGCUUCCCGCUCUGGAGCAGGAUGGACCUGUGGAUGGGGCACGUGGCGUUCCACCUGCUCGGCAUCAUCUGCGCGCUCCUGGGGCUGGUCGCCAUCAUCCAGUACAAGAGCUUGUCGGGUCAGGGCAACGGAACGCCGACUUGCCCGAUGACCGGCUGCCUCGAGUCUACGGGCCAGGCUGGGCUUGAUGGCACGUUUCCGUUCAGCACCAUGUACAGCGCGCACUCAUGGAUGGGAGUGCUGUGCCUGUUGCUAUGGGGCGGGCAGCUGGCGGGGGGCGUGGCGUCAAGCUUGUACCCAUGGAGGGGUCCCGAGCAGCGUGAGGCGGCGAAGAAGCACCAUCGCUUCUUCGGGCAGGCCCUGUACGUGCUGCUCAUCGCCACGUGCUGCAUGGGGUUCCAAGACAUGCAGUCAAGCGACCUCGCGGGCUUCGGGUACGGGAUCUACUCUUCUCCGUCCCUCCUCGCAUGCGGUGCCAGCCUGGUAAUAUCGAUCUAUGGGCUGACGACCCUCUAUGCACUCUUCUUCAGCCACGACUUAUCCGCUGAGGGCAAAACAACAGCCAAGAGAACUGAGCAGCAGCCGCAAGUUUUCGACAUGGACUCUGUGAUGUCGACAGCGAUUGGGCCCGUUAUUGGUCAUGAAACCGUGGCAGAACGCAACAUCAUUCCCGCCGGUGCAUCAGUAGUCACAGUAUUCGAGCAUAGCGAGUAG